AUGCAUUUAUCACUGGAUACCAUGAGCAUGGUGGAAGACAGCUGCCUCUCGCCCAGCAACUUCCAUGAAAUGGGGAAAGGUGGCGGCGUCGCUGUGGGGGGCCGCGUCCACAGCAUUGAUGUCAUCCUGGGCUUCAGUAAAGACCAGGACCCCCUGCUCAGUCCUGCUGGGGCCCCACGACCCCAUAAAGUGGACAUUGAUGGCCUGGCAGAGCCUGGGCGGCAGCAGGAGUCCACGUCACACCCAACCUACAGUGGGCACCUUUCCUCUCUGAGGAACAGCAGCACAGAGCAGCAGCAGCAGUACCAUGACACGGGCUUAUUCACAAACAAGUGUGACGAGGAGCUCAGUGAACUGAGGAAGAGUGUAGAGAGUGAUGAAGGCAAGUCUCCAGAGCCCUGCAAGGACGAUCAGCCCAAGAAGAAGCACAGGCGCAACCGCACCACCUUCACCACCUACCAGCUGCACGAGCUAGAGCGUGCCUUUGAGAAGUCCCACUACCCGGACGUGUACAGCCGAGAGGAGCUCGCCAUGAAGGUGAACCUCCCGGAAGUCCGAGUUCAGGUCUGGUUCCAGAACCGCAGAGCUAAAUGGCGUCGACAGGAAAAAAUGGAUGCCAGCACCAUGAAGCUCCACGACUCGCCCAUGCUUUCCUUCAACCGCCCAGCACCAGUUCACUCCAGCAUGGGUCCGAUGACCAAUUCCCUCCCCUUGGACCCCUGGUUGUCCUCUCCUCUGUCCAGCGCCACGCCGGUCCACAGCAUCCCGGGCUUCAUGGGUCCAGCUCAAGGCUUGCAGCCCAGCUACCCCAGCCACAGCUUCCUCAACUCCACUCCUCACCCUCCUCAUCCUCACUCUCAUCCUCAUCCAUCCAUGGGCCAGGGGAUGCAGACUAUGGCUCCUCCUCCUUACCAGUGCACGGCGCCGUACCCUGAUAAAUACCCUCUGGAGGACGUAGACCAGCGCAGCUCGAGUAUUGCUGCACUGAGAAUGAAAGCUAAGGAACACAUCCAGUCUAUGGACAAGACCUGGCAACCCAUGUGACUAACGCACCUGUCAGUCCAUGUGAACGACACUGGGAAAGGGAGAC